AUACACCAACUCUCCACAGGAAAAGCAAGAGACAGAACGUGGAGCAGCUCUGGUGCGUUGCACGGUCCAAAUGGGAUCCUGCUAUACUUUGAUAGUUAGUUAAUUACUCAUAUGAUACCAAACAGAUGUCUGGGGGGCUCUAGCCGAAUUUCAUCUCGCUAACUCACUGAUUGACUGAAUGACGGGAUCCUGGGGAAGGCAAACAUUUAAGGAGCGAAGCUGUGAUAUAUAGCCAAAUUCAGAGUCUUAUCACCUCAUCUGGAUAUCAAAGCCUGAACUGUGUUUAACAAUGUGCACUACAACGCUACGUUUGUUUUUGCUGAUGGCUGUCAUGGCUACUAGUGGAAUUUGUCAGUCGAACAGCACGGAGUGGUCUCUGCAGACUUUCCCUCAAGUCUCCACUACCCCCAAAACCGACCCAAAGGUGGAUCUCCUGCCUGCCUCUCAGCCCAGCACCCGGAAUACCUUGAUGGCUAACAGUACCCGAUUAAAGGGUCCUCCAUCUUGCAAGAAUCGCACCACCAUUACGGUCUAUUUUAAGUACAUUAACACCCUUAUCUCCUGCAUUGUGUUUGUGGUGGGAAUGGUGGGCAAUGCCACGUUGUUGAGGAUUAUUUACCAAAACAAGUGUAUGAGGAACGGACCCAAUGCUCUUAUCGCCAGUCUGGCUCUUGGGGACCUCAUCUACAUCACCAUAGAUAUCCCUAUAAACGUCUACAAGUUGCUUGUUACGAAAUGGCCGUUUGAUGACAGCUCUUUUGGACUUUUCCUGUGCAAGCUGGUGCCCUUCCUUCAGAAGGCAUCAGUGGGGAUUACAGUACUCAAUUUGUGUGCGUUGAGUGUGGACAGGUACAGAGCUGUAGCAUCCUGGAGCAGAGUUCAGGGGGUUGGUAUCCCCCUGUUUACUGCCAUUGAGAUCGUCUCCAUCUGGGUCCUAUCCAUCAUCCUGGCCGUGCCAGAGGCGGUGGUCUUCAACAUGGUCACUUUCAACAACCCCUACAACAACCAAAUCAUCCGCACGUGUAUGAUGGAGCCUAAAUCUGACUUCACAAGGUUCUAUGUAGAUUGGAAAGACUGGUGGUUGUUUGGCUUUUACUUCUGUGUGCCUCUGGCCUGCACAGCCAUUUUCUAUACACUCAUGACUUGUGAAAUGCUCAACCGCAGAAACGGAAGUCUUCGGAUUGCUCUCAGUGAGCAUCUCAAGCAGCGACGUGAAGUGGCCAAAGCCGUCUUCUGUUUAGUGCUGAUCUUUGCCCUUUGCUGGUUCCCGCUGCAUCUCAGUAGACUCUUGAAGAAAACGGUUUACGUUGCAAAUGAUGAAAGACGUUGUGAACUACUCAACUUCCUGUUGAUCAUGGAUUAUUUCGGUUUAAACCUGGCCACGGUCAACUCCUGCAUCAAUCCCAUCCUCCUCUACUUUGUCAGCAAAAAGUUCAAGAACUGCUUUAAGUCCUGCCUGUGCUGCUGGUGUUAUACCAAGAACCAGGUGUCCAGCUCUGGCCCCAUGAACGGCACCAGCAUUCAGUGCAAGAACCAGGAGCCCUGCAACCUCAAUACCGACAGAAGCCUCCGCAAAGACAGCGACUGAACAGUGGAUGUCAACCAAUCGCAAUUGCCAGUCGACAUUCAUACUUAAAUCAUAAAAAAAUGGCCGUCAGCCAGUGUCCAGCUUUGUAACUGCAUUUUUACGACAGUAACUAGAGGCCCUCUAUGCUUGUCGCAGUACAAGACAGGUUUUAUAUAUAGCCACAAAAUAGACAAUGGAACUGAUAUAUUUAAAGUCUCCCGCAGACCCGGAACAGCAGUUCCCAUAGAUCUCUAGACUGUUGUUUUGCAGUGUGAGAAAUUGUGGGAGUUUAAACCAACAGCAACAGGAUGCAGCUGAACCCAACACAGCAACAAUUUCAUUCUCAUCAGGAACUCAAAGCGUUUCCUUAUGUAAACACUGUACUGUGAAAAUGCUUCGGAUCGUCACUGUCCGAUGUAAAAGGAAGUUUCAGAAAGGAAGAGUGAAGUGGUCGGGUCAAUCUAUGUUCUGCGUCCAUUCUUUUCAAUGAGCUUUGCCAAAGAAACUCCCAGGAUGCCCUUGAGGAGGCAGCACAUCCUUUAAGUUCAGUGUCCGGUUUAAUGAGCAUUUGUUAUUUUUAUUGUGGCCACAGUUAUGGAAGUUUGAUGCAAAAGCAACAGGAUCUUUUAAGUACAUACGUUUUAUUUUGAUAUCUGAGUCAUGUUGUGCGCUGGACGUCACUUCUGUUUAUUUAGCGGGAAAGAAAGAUAAUGUAGAUACUUUUACCCAGCUUUGCGUUUUUUUAUGUUUCAUGUAUAUAAGCAUGAAAAUCUCUAUCUCUAAUGAUGUCUAGUGUGUUUUAUUAAAUUUAAUCUUUAAGCUCAGAAUAACUUAAAAAUAUUAUUUACUGAACCUUUAUGAAUCUCAUUAAGAACAUCUUACAGUUACUUUAACAUUUACCAACUGGAUUCACUAAUCAUCAGUUCCAGCAAUUUAAGGCAAAUCAAAUUUUGACCUUGUUGGAAUUUAACAGUGAUUUCUAGGAAGGCAUCCAAUUGCAACAAACGCUGGGUUAUAGUGUGUUCUGUCCACAAAAAAAGACAGAAAGAAAAAAAUAUUGCUGCAUUCUGAGCAUAAGGGCGCGGGAAAUGGAGCCUUUAUGUAAUCAAAACAGAUACGCCCAAGAGAUACAAACAUAUCCUUGCUUUAUUUUGACACUGUGAAUUUAAUGAUAACUGAUACAUUUUGGUAAUACUUUACUUUAUUCUUGCUAAUAUUUAAUGGCCUCAGUAUUUUAAACUUUAAUAUUUUAUUGUUGCAAGCAAAAAUAUACAGGAAAAUAUAACAGAAUCUCAUUUGUUUCUUCUUAUAAUUUGAAAUAAUAUGAAAGCUGUUGUGAAUGAAUAUAUACAAAUUUUGACAAAUAUCUACAUGGGUCCUGCUGGUGUUUUUUGAAGUGACACUUGUAGAUGGACAUACAGUAUUUGUUUGUGAGAGAAAAAAACACAUUUUGAGACUAUGAUGUCACAGAUUUAUGAUGAUGUCACAUACAUAUUCAUAUUUACUACCACUAUUAAGUGAGGAAUGUUGCACCUUUAUCAACAUAUAUUUUAACUAAUAAAACAGUGUUCUCAAUUUCUCUAUAUGCUAUGAAUUACUGUGAUUUACUGUACAUUAUGUUACAUAUCAUGAUUGCCAGUACUUAUAACAUUUAAAGACUGUUAAUACCUUAGUCCAAUUUUCUAGACAAGCUGCUAGUUAUUUUUAAGGAUAUUGGACUAUUGACCCUACCGCUUAAAGCAAUGUUGUCUUAUCUCAAAACAUAAUGAGGUUUCCAUGUUCAAAGAACGUGCCAUGUGACAGCUGUCCAUUUCUGCCUUGUGAAGAAGCCCAAAUAUGGGUGUGACUUAAGAUGCACUUUGACCCAACAGGCAACACGGCCCAUUUGGGUCAUCUGUGUCAAGCCAGAGGAUGUGGACGGCGCGUCUACAAAAGAUUAAAUGUAAACUGUGGGAUUUAGACAGAAUCUGUUUGCAAUGUCUGUCCAGACAGUGUUCAUUUUGUAAGAAGUCUUCCAGUGGUCUGGUAACAGUUUGUACAAAUAAAUAUGUUUUCUAUUUGC